AUGGACCCAGAUCCUGAUCCAGGAAAAGAGAGAAGACAAGAACCUACCGGGGAAAAACAGAAAACCUACCGUGGGAAAAGAGGAAAAACAGAACACCUACCGGGGGAAAAGAGGAAAAACAGAAAACCUACCGGGGGGAAAAGAGGAAAAACAGAAAAUCUACCGUGGGAAAAGAGGAAAAACAGAAAACCUACCGUGGGAAAAGAGGAAAAACAGAAAACCUACCGGGGGAAAAGAGGAAAACAGAAAACUACCGGGGAGAAAAGAGGAAAAACAGAAAACCUACCGGAGGAAAAGAGGAAAAACAGAAAACCUACAAAGGGAAAAGAGGAAAACAGAAAAACUGCUGAAGGAAACGAUGAAAACAAGAAUUACUUGAGGAAAGGCGGAAAAGAGGAAAAAAGAAAACCCAUACAUGAGGAAAAAAAAGAAAACUCCCAAGGAAAAGACGAAGAUGAAAAACGAAGAAAUUACCACUCAAAACUGAAAACUUAA